GCCUACCACUAUAAAUGCCGGCGCGGGGGUUGGCGCCAUUGUGCUGUGGAACAGGCCGCAGCCGUGAGUGUCCCGAAGAACCCCCUGGCGGGCAAGUGUCUUCGGAUCUUUUGGUCUUCCCUUUCUCCCCCCCUUCCUUUCUCCUUUUUUAGGUCGCGGAGAUGCCGCGCGUGUAUAUCGGCCGCUUAAGCUACCAUGUGCGGGAAAAGGACAUUCAGCGCUUCUUCAGCGGCUACGGCCGCUUGCUCGAGGUCGACUUAAAAAACGGGUAUGGGUUUGUGGAAUUCGAGGAUUCCAGGGACGCGGAGGAUGCCGUUUACGAGCUGAACGGCAAGGACCUGUGCGGGGAGCGGGUGAUCGUGGAGCACGCCCGCGGCCCCCGCCGGGACAGGGACGGCUACAGCUACAGCAGCCGCAGUGGAGGAGGAUAUAGCAGUCGGAGAGCAUCAGGAAGAGAUAAAUAUGGACCACCUGUUCGUACAGAAUACAGAUUAAUUGUUGAAAACCUUUCCAGUCGCUGUAGUUGGCAGGAUUUAAAAGAUUUCAUGAGGCAAGCUGGUGAGGUAACCUAUGCGGAUGCUCACAAAGAACGAACAAAUGAAGGAGUAAUUGAAUUUCGUUCCUACUCUGACAUGAAGCGUGCUCUGGACAAAUUGGAUGGUACAGAGAUAAAUGGACGAAAGAUCAGGCUGGUUGAAGACAAGCCACGGUCAAGCCAUAGACGAUCUUAUUCUGGCAGUAGAUCAAGAUCACGUUCUAGAAGGCGAUCACGCAGUAGAAGUCGUAGGAGCAGCCGCAGCAGAUCCCGUAGUGCCUCAAAAAGCCGAUCUCACUCUAAAUCUAGGUCUCAAAGCAAAGAUCGUUCCCGGUCGAGAUCUAAAAGUAGAAAGUCAAGAUCAGAGAGUAAGUCUAAGCUGAAAUCUGAUGGAGGUUCACAAUCCCGCAGCAGAUCCAAAGAGAAGUCUGAGAAGUCUCACAGCAGAUCCAGGUCUGUGUCUCAGUCACCAAAAGAAAAUGGUAAAGGAGAAGCAAAGUCUAAAUCAAGGUCAAGGAGCAGAUCUCAUUCCAAUUCACCUAUGCAGCACCAACCUGCAAAGGCUCGAUCAGAGUCCCCACUCAAGAGGGAUGCAUCACGAUCUCGGUCACGUUCACAUUCAAAAUCUCGCUCACGUUCAAGAUCCAGUUCACAAGAUUGAGACUGGAACUCGUUUUCCUUUUCACAUGACUCUGGAACAUUUGUAUGCCAGGCUGGAAGUCUUUUAUGUUAGUAUUGGCGAAGUUGGCCUGCUUGAUUGGAGAAAGAAGUGGCCUGAAACUCAUAAAUGAGGCAAAGGUUUGAAAUAUCUAAAACUUUGUGCAGAAGUGGCAAAGAGCAAGAAAAGAUCCUCUUUUUGUAGAAAUUAGGGUAAAUCUUUGAUUUUUUUUAUAGUGUCCCAGCAGAAAGCUGCUGUGGAGUGGAAUAUGGGUUUUAUAUAAAAACUGAGUGCAGAAGGUUUUUGGAAGGGUAAUUCUUUAAGUGUUCCACUGUUAACAAUUACGGAAACUAAUUAAAUAGGCUAUGACUUGCUUCUAAAAGUGCAUGAGAGCCUUAGUGAACAGGUCAGAGAUGCUUAUGAGCUGAUGAAAUUUCUAACCAAGUUUGAGUUGGAACACUUCCUCUGUGUUGUACCUGAACUUGCCAAAAGUUACUUCUUUGCUCCUUUGUCACCACCUGGAGGCAGUAUCAAUAACCUAAUAAAAUGAUCUUCUCUAACUUUGCACGGUGCCUAAAAAAAUUAAGCUGACAUGAAGCGGUGACUCGUGAACAAAAUUCUAGGUGCCACAUGAAUUUUUGGUUCCCAAGUUACUUGGUUGCUCAAUUUGCUAUCAACUUCACUGCUGACAUUCUCUAUUUUAAUUAAGAGUUUUUUAAUUUUCCCUGAAAUUGAUGGCAGUCUUAAUGGACAAUCUAGAACUAGAUUUCCCCAUGCAGUUUAUGCAAGUGGUUAAGAAUUCAAACCUGAAUUCCCUUAAUGUAUGUAACAAAUCAUUUAGCAACAAUAGUGGAAUAUUAGCAUAGCCUUGUAAUCUUUAUACAAUGUGUAGUUUGGCUUUAUAAAAUUAAAUCAGUGACUCCAGUGUUUACAUUGUAGUAUAGCAUUAUUUGCUAGAUCCUGUUUUAAAAUAGAGUAACUUUAGGUCUGGUACCUGAGUAAAGGAAACUGAAAAUGGCUUAUGAUGCUGGUCUACCAAUGUUAUUGAUCACACAAGAUAUUGAAUAGUAAUUGAAAUAGAAAACGGAUGUCUCUUUUUAUGUAAGAGAUUGGUCAUCAAGCUGUGUUUGCUUUUUUUUGUAAAUACAUCACUAGGUUGACUCUUUAGCUGCCACUGUUAAAUCAGGAUCCAAGACCUAGAAACCUAAAUAACUCAGUUUCAGUACUGGUUUCACUAGCCUUGCAGGCUCCACUAGUGAUGCAUAACCAUCCUAUGCAGGAUGCUGUCAUCAGACCUGUUCUUUACUUCAAUUCUGAGUUUGAAAUAGAACCUAGCAUCCAUUUACAUUUAACAAAGUAAAUCCAGAUGAUGUGUUUCUCAAGGUGGCUUUUGUACACAUGGGUUUAAAUGAAGCUGGUGUGAGUCCAAUUUUGUUCUCUAGAAAGCAUGCAAAAUAGUGACUGAAGCUUGUGUAAACUGGUACACUGACAACUCUCACAAAGGGAGGGACAUAUUUAUUGCACUGAUUACCUAGUCCAAAUAAACUGAUACAUGGUUAGGAACCUUU